AUGGUUUUCAAUAUAUUCAUCAAUGACCUGGAUGAGGGAUUAGAGAGUGCUGUCAGCAAAUCUGAUGAUGACACGAAACUGGGAGGAGUGGUUGACACACCAGAAGGCUGUGCUGCUAUCCAGAGAGACAUGGACAGGCAAGAGAGCUGGGUGGGGAGAAAUCUUAUGAAGAUCAACAAGGACAAGUGUAGAGUUCUGCACUUGGGAAAGAAUAACCCUAUGUACCAGUACAGGUUGGAGACUGCUCUGCUGGAGAGCAGUGCAACUCUCAACCAAAUAAGGAAGAAGAGGCCAAAAGUUCAAGCAAAGUUCUUCUCUUGGAAAAUAACCAGGAACCACCAGGACCCUCAUGGAAACCUCUCAGAGACCCAAACAUCAUCUGGAGACACUCAGUACACUAUGUUUGAUUUCAGAAGCUGUAUGAAAGAGUGGUUGGACCAGACAGACAUGGAUAAUACAGAAGUAGAGUUUAAACAGGUUUCUAAAAAACACAAACAUGCCCUGAAGAAAGAUGGGUUUGCAUCAUCUUCUUUACAACCAUAUUUAGAAGCUUUUGCAGUACCUCUCCCACCAGAACUAGAAAAUGAAGAUCAUCUGAUGCCAGAGAAUACGACUGAGAGAAACCCUAACUAUGAGCAGGAGCUGAAGAAACAGUAUGAUAAAGAACAGGACAAGGCAGCAGAACAUACCUUGUACAACCAAUAUGAGGAAAAGAUCCGACCCUGCAUUGAUCUCAUUGAUAGCCUGAGAGCUCUGGGAAUUGAAAAAGACCUGGCUCUGCCCGCCAUCGCAGUCAUUGGAGACCAGAGCUCAGGGAAGAGCUCUGUCCUAGAGGCCCUCUCUGGUAUUGCUCUUCCUAGGGGCAACGGUAUUGUUACUCGAUGUCCCUUGGAACUUAAGCUGAAGAGAAUACCUGCCACCCAGGCAUGGAAAGGGAAAAUUUGUUUCCACAAUACCAGUACAGAGCUCCACAAUGCCUCUGAGGUGGAGAAAGCAAUCAGACAAGCCCAGGAUGUUGUGGCUGGCACUAAAGGUGCCAUCAGUGGAGAACUAAUUUCCCUAGAAAUUUGGUCCCCAGAAGUACCAGAUUUGACACUAAUUGAUCUUCCUGGAAUUGCCAGAGUGGCCGUGGGAGAUCAGCCAAAGGACAUUGGGGAGCAGAUCAAAACACUACUUAAAAAAAUUAUUGGCUGCAAAGAGACACUCAAUUUGGUAGUGGUGCCAUGCAAUGUGGAUAUUGCAACAACAGAAGCACUGAAAAUGGCUCAAGAGGUGGACCCAAGUGGAGAAAGGACAUUAGGUAUCCUCACUAAACCUGACCUUGUAGACAGAGGAACUGAAGAGUCUAUCAUUAACAUAAUACGAAAUCAAGUCAUCCCUCUCAAAAAAGGAUACAUGAUCGUGAAGUGUCGUGGGCAGCAGGACAUCCACAACAAAAUGGCCUUAGCCACUGCAAUCCAGCAGGAGAGAAAGUUCUUCGAGACUCACAGAUAUUUCAGCAUUCUUAUGGAAGAAGGAAAGGCUACUGUCCCUCAGCUGGCAGCAACACUCACAAACGAACUCGUGAGGCAUAUUAUUAAAACUUUGCCAGCACUAGAGAACCAAGUACAUGCGGUGCUCCAAAAAACAUUGCAGGAUCUACAAAAGUAUAGAAGAGGCACACCCAGAACAGAGUCUGAGAAGCUGGUUUUCCUUGCAGAUUUGAUCAGAUUCCUUAAUCAAGACAUCUCUCACAUGGUGUGUGGAGAGGAGCAGUUGUUUGGAAAUGAAACCAGGCUGCUUGCAAAAAUCCGCGCAGAGUUUCAGACAUGGGCAGCGCGUCUCCUAGAGUGUGCUGCAAAUGUUAAAAAAAGUGUACUCAGUAAAAUGCAGAAAUAUGAAGACCAGUAUCGUGGACGGGAGCUUCCAGCCUUUUCCAACUACAGGAUGUUUGAGGACAUUAUAAAAGAACAAAUCAUAGAACUGGAGGAGCCAGCCAUUGAGAUAUUGAACAACGUGAUGGGACUGGUUGAAGAGAAAUUUAUGGAACUCACUAAAAGGCAUUUUUCUAAUUUCCACAAUCUAAGCAGAGCUGCUAAG